UGUUCGACGACUGCUGCUUCGAGAACCACUCACCUCGGGCUGACAUCAAGCAUGCAAUCAGACUACUGAGUCCCGUACCCCUGACCUCGAAGGCAUGUGUGGCUCAAAGAGAAGAGACAAAAUCUCAGAUGCCUGCAAGCUUCAGCUUCGGUAGCUUUGCCAGAGCUGCUAGAGCACCUUCAUGUUUGCGAACAACAUAUAUUGCUUCUCGCCAUGCUCAUUCAUACCAUCCCUCUGGGACGAGCUGCCAUGACUUGGCCUUCGUACCAAGUAGGCCGACAUGUCAAUCAGGACGGAGGAACUUCUCGGCAGCUCCAUCAGCGUUAACAGCGCAACCCGAAAAGGAUAGCAUCAACAGCAUGCGCAAUGACACGUCGGAACUACCAAAAACCAGUGAUAACGUGCAUAUUCAGAAGUGUUUUGUCAAGCAAAAGCUUUCCGAAGAGGUCAGAGCCGCGAUGCGUCACGUUGCACACCCUGUUGCGAUAAUUACCGCCACAGAUGUCUCUGUGAGCCCAAAAGGAGCUCCACACGCCUGGCGGGGUGCUACGGUGUCCUCCUUCAACACCGUUACACUUUCUCCGGAACCGAUCGUAUCAUUCAAUAUCAAACGGGUUUCGUCCACGUUCGACGCCAUUCGGAGCUCGGGUCUUUUCACGGCACACUUCCUCUCUGGCCAACACCGAGCCGGCGAGAUGUUAGCUACCAGAUUCUCGCGUGGCAAUGCGACUUCGCCUUUUCAUGACAAACAUGGAAAGCUGGAGUCGUACGUUUUUCGGGAUCCGGAGCUCCAGCCUCGUGCCCGGGAACCGCCAAUUAUACGGCCCUCCGGCCGAGGACCGCCCCUGGCGCCUCUGAAUCUUACUUGCGAAUAUCUGCCGGAGAAGCUGGUUCAUAUAGCAGACCAUGUGGUUGUCUUUGGCCGUGUUAUCGGAGUUUACGAUCGUAUGACAGAACGACGAUUCAGACAUGGGCACACGCCGAUAUUGUCCUAUGUAAAUCGUGGUUACAUGCGGCACGACUGGGGUCCCAUGGAGUUAAGACUUCGGAAGCCAGGUUCGGAUGAGCAGAAGGAAGAAGUAUCUCAGAGGCACUCCGAAGGCUGAGGUCUGGACACACACGAGUACACUUGGCAUCUGCUUGGAAAUGCAUCUGUCAACUGAUUCUUAUGGAGUAGGCGAGCGACACUCUGGAGGCCGAUUGCAAGGAGGUGGUUGAAGCAAGGACACUGCGCUGCCUUGCUUUUCGAAGCGAUGGUACCACUAGCUAUGAGAGUGCCUGUCGAAAUCAUGGAGUUUGCAUUAUCUGCCUGUAGUUGGGCGUGAUUUUAGCUCAGCAUCAGAAGCACUAUGUGUCGAGCACCAUACACUACAGGUAGCACAACACGAUUG